AAAUGUUUUAAAUAUAUCUAUUUCAUCAUUUUUGUCUACCAAAUCAGGAUCCAAAGCAUUGGAUCCCUUUUCUUUCUAAAUCUGCCACGUGGCAGCCCCCCAAACAACUUCUCUUUCUUCUCUCUCUGUUCCCCCGUGAACCCCCCCUUCCUUCUUCUUCUUCUUUUUCUGUCUGUCAUGUCUCUCUCCCUUCUCUCGGACCUCUCUCAGCUCCCUUAUCUCUCUUCUCAACCGCGAACGCACGCACGCACCCAUCUCCCCUGCGCGAGGAAGACCCCUCAUCGUCGCCAUCUCGUCCUUCUCCCCCUCUGUCCCGUGCUGCAACCCCAGGAAACCCGGAAAGGAACUCCGGCGAGUUCCUAUUUUCCCGGUGAGGACGAAAUCGAAGCCGGGUGUAGGCACACCCAUCUCCGACGACUUUCGAGAGAAUUUCCGGCCAAACCACGGCGAGUUGGCCGGCGUGCAAGUUUCCGGCGACCUCCGAGGCUUUCGAGGAAAUUUCCGGCCAAACUACGGCGAGUUAGACGUCGUGUGAGGGGCAAUUAUAGUGGCGUUUCUGUCUUCGCUAGCUGCGUGACUUUUCGACGGCGAAGUACUGAUUUAGGAUCGAGGCAUACAAUCCCGGCAUCCAGCACAGGGAGUCAUGGUCGCCAUGGAACACCACUUCUUUCUAGUACCCAAUCUAAAACGGCGAAGCAUCUCGUAGGAUUUGCAGCAAUCUCUGGGCAAUAA